GAAAGGUGAGGUGCCUGUAAUGAGGAGAGGAAUGUUUGGAAUGUUCCAUUUCAUUAGCGCUCGGUCUCAGAUGGGCGUGGAGGAGCCGGAGCACUAAAGCAGGGAUUCAGCAGUCCUUUUCAAACGGGGAAAUUUCCAGGGAUGCCGAGGUGAGUGAGACACGAGCGUGUGUUUAAAGCUCGACUGUUGGUUCUGGACUUCAACACGACUCUACUGCAAAUGCGCAAAGCGCGUUUCACGCGUGAUUUAUUGCGUGUUGCGGGCGGUCUGCUCGUCAUCGCGCCGAUCAUCUUUCACCAUCAAACCCAGCGCGACACUUGAGAUUUCACCAUAUCACCAGCACAUAUGUGAUUUCGCUGCUGUUCGGGAACAUGCGUCAGUGCUGCACCACCGUGUGAUUGAUUUAAACCAUGGAGCCCAAACCCGACUGCUGCGCUUCAUCGGUGCCAAACUCCCAGUGUGAGCUCAAGCUGAACAUCUACGAGACCAUCAGCGAGGGAAAUGUGAAUCAGCUGGAGGGCUCUGCGCUGGUGCGGGCGGGCAGUGACCCGAGCUCAUACCCGUCCUCCAAACACCACAGGUUCAUCCGCCGGAGCCUGUGGUUCGCGGAUCAUGACGAGCACCCGCCGGACGACUGCGCACCCGAGAGUGAGGAGCAGAAGAAGAUGCUCAGCAUUAACCUGCGCACCAUAGUGGACCGGACUCUGGCCGGACGCUCCGGUCUCCACGAAGGGUCGAGCACGGAGAGCCAGAAGGGCCAGAAAGACCCGGACAGCACCAGUGCGGAUGAGAAGGAGAGAGCAGACCCUAAAGCGGGCUCCACGGAUGCGGGGAAGAUGAGCAUGAAGGCGGCCAGCGAGGAGAACGAGGAGGAGGCUGGGAUGAAGGCGAUCGCCACCUCUCCAGGAGGACGCUUCCUCAAGUUCGACAUCGAGAUCGGACGCGGGUCCUUCAAGACCGUCUACAAGGGCCUGGACACGGACACCUGGGUGGAGGUGGCGUGGUGUGAGCUUCAGGACCGCAAGCUGUCGAAGGCGGAGCGGCAGCGCUUUAAAGAAGAGGCGGAGAUGUUGAAGGGUCUCCAGCACCCGAAUAUCGUGCGUUUCUAUGACUUCUGGGAGUCUCCGCUGAAGGGCAAGAAGUGCAUCGUUCUGGUCACAGAGCUCAUGACGUCAGGAACGCUCAAAACGUAUCUGAAGCGCUUUAAGGUGAUGAAACCCAAGGUUUUGCGCAGCUGGUGCCGUCAGAUCCUCAAAGGUCUGCAUUUCCUGCACACGCGCACUCCUCCCAUCAUCCACCGGGACCUGAAGUGUGACAACAUCUUCAUCACGGGCCCCACGGGCAGCGUCAAGAUCGGCGAUCUGGGUCUGGCCACGCUCAAAAGAGCCUCCUUCGCCAAGAGUGUGAUCGGUACGCCGGAGUUCAUGGCCCCGGAGAUGUACGAGGAGCAUUACGACGAGGCCGUGGACGUCUAUGCGUUCGGCAUGUGCAUGCUGGAGAUGGCCACGUCUGAAUACCCGUACUCCGAGUGCCAGAACGCCGCGCAGAUCUACCGCAAAGUCACCAGUGGAGUGAAGCCUGCCAGCUAUAACAAGGUGAUGGACCCUGAGGUGAAGGAGAUCAUCGGCGAGUGUAUCUGUCAGAAGAAGGAGGAGCGCUACACCAUCAAGGACCUGUUGAACCACGCGUUCUUCGCCGAGGACACGGGUGUGCGGGUGGAGCUGGCGGAGGAAGACGACGGGGUGAAGGUGUCCAUCGCGCUGAAGCUGUGGGUGGAGGAUCCUCGCAGGCUGAAGGGCAAGUACAGGGACGGAGGAGCCAUCGAGUUCAGCUUCGACCUGGAGAAGGAGGUUCCUGAAGCCGUGGCGCAGGAGAUGGUUGAGUCUGGUUUCUUCCAUGAGAGCGAUGCAAAGAUUGUGGGCAAGUCUCUCCGUGACAGGGUGGCUCUGAUCAAAUGGCGCCGGGAGCGGACGGUGCCGAGGGCCUCUCAGGGUGGCACUGCCCCGUCCAUGCCAGCCGGGACGGUACCAGUCCUCUGUGAACCACCCUGUCUGGUGGAGCCCGAAGAGACUGAAGUGGACCAGCAUGCCCGCGUGUGCCAACUUAGUGCCAUGACUACAUCCACCACAUCUGACAGUGGCAUCGGUUCAACCGUGUACUCUGACUCGCACAGCAGUGGUCUGCACAGUGUCAUAUACCAGUCACUACAGGAUUCGGUCUCCACCACAACCCAGGAGGGUCCACAUCAUACAAGUUCCUCUGUAAAUUACUUAAUCAGAAGACAUGAGCAUCUCCGACCCACAAGCCCUUCCUUCCUUCAAAUACCACCAGACCAAUCAGAGUCGACAGAAAGAGGAUUCGAAAGUUCCGGCUCUAUGAAUUUGCUGUCCGUUCCUUUGCCUAUUAUGACCCGCCGCUAUAGCGACACAUCAGUGGAAACAUCCUCCGAGACAAAGGGGGAGGAGCCUGUCUCAAUGGUGAGAAAGGGGCGUCGCCUUUCUUUAAACCCCACCCCUCACCAGCCACCGUCCCCAUGUCAGGCCUGCCUGUCGUUAUUCCUACUUGGGACUUGUGCAGAUGGAAGACAUACGCCCUAUUCUUCACUUAUGCUUUCAGCCACAGGGGCUCGCAAGGGCUCUGUCAAUGAGACCUCUAACCUCUCCCAGCUCAACAAAUCUCUGGAGAGCAUCACAGGCCACAAACAUCAGCCUGCUCUUGCCUUUCUAAGAGCCCCACUGACCAAGCCAGAAAGAGGGUCCUAUCGGCCUGCACGCAGCCACAGUGAUGAGGGGCCCGCCAUGGAGUCGUCUGGUGAGGAAUUGGCAUCACGUCGCAGAGCAAGUUUUUGUAUUGGCGAAAACUCCCUGACUCAUGUGCCUGCCGUUUUGAGAGUCCAAAGUCAGGCGGCACCUUCCAUAGCUCAACACGUGCAGACUUACCCUCCUGCAUCCUCCGAGACCCCUGCACAGCCCACCGGACAGACUCUGUCCACUCCACAGCCGCUGGCACUUCUGCACGGCAUAUUGACUGCACCACAAGCCAUGAAUCCACAGCAGCUUGGGUCUUCAAGUCAGACUGCAGAGAUGAACACGCAGGCCCAUGUGUCGCAUCAGCCUGCAUUUGUGCCGCAGAGUGCCACAGCUCCGAGUUACCAUCCUGCCACAGCAGAGCUAGCCAAUGCACAGAUAUUUCCACCUGUGCAGCACACUGCAGUCGCAGCUAUCCCAUCUAAAUCAAAAGCAGCGCUGCCUGCGGAUCAGAGUUUCCAGAGUGGAGCCUCUAGCAUUCAGCAUGUCUCAUCAGCACCUGCACAGCCUCAACAAACACCUGCGUUACACCUUUUGCAGCAACCACCUGCGAAUGCCACAACAGACGGGCAACUCCAUGACUUCUCCAACUUGCAGCAAACUGCUCCUGUGCAUCUGAGCCAGGCAGGCUCUGCACCAUCUUUCCAGCAGCUCACCAUUCAAACACAACUAAUGGACAGCUGGCAGCAAAGAGUACAGUCCACGUCCAGUCUUCUUACACAACCCGUCCCCCCUCCACAGGCGGCAGCUUACCUCACACAGUUUCCUUCCCUUAACACAGCUCAGUCAGCUGGGAUUCCUCCUCCUGGAUGUGACCCGUACCCCUCCUGCUUUCCCUCUGUGCAGUCGUCCCUCACUCUGCCAGUCCCAGCAUACCCCAACAUCUCGCCAACUUCAUGUUCACAGAUAGAGAGUUCUGCGCUAACUCAGUUCCCGCACCUGUCCUCCACCUCCCCUAUACCCUCACAAUGUCCCGUCCCACCCUUCGCUGCUCCAGUGUUCUCGCCUCCAUUGCCAACAAUUCACCAGUACCAGCAGGCCUAUUCUGUUGCUCAACAACCCACUGUAAACUCCAUGGCCACUCUCUCUCAACAUUCCCACAGUCAGGCCACACCCUCUCCAAACCCCACCUCUAUGUGUGUUGGAGCCCCGCCCACUAAACAAGCUCAGCCUAUACAGGGAUCUUUGACCAGCCAAUGCCAAACUGUUCACGUGGACCAGAACUCUUCCAUCAGCCAAAAUGCACCUCAGCCUCCCACAAUACCGCAGCUCUCGCCUUUUAGACCCGUCCUCGAUACAUUCAGCUCUGCUGUGCCUGUGGACCAAAACCAGGUUCCUCAGCUCGCGGUUCAAGCAUCUUUACCCAACAUUCCCAAUGCAGGAGCCCGUGCCAGCCUGAGUCAGCAGAACCUGGUGGGCAUCAGCAGUGCAUGUGGAGGAGCUCCUCCGGGCCCCGCGGAACUAUUUACUGAGGAUCAUGUUGCCGAUAAACAGGCAGCACCGGCUGGGUCCACUUAUGACAGUAUAAACUCAGAUGCCACAUCCGGUAAAGAGAUGAGUGAUGGGAACGAGGGCUCCAACAGAGCUCGCAGUGAAUCCCGAGUCCGAAAAAACCUUCGCAAGACAUCGCGCACUCGCUCUCGACAAGACAAGAUGAACAGAUCCAAACUCACCAUGAUCAAAGUGUGCGACACAGGAGACAAGAUGGUGGAGUGCCAACUGGAGACUCAUAACCAUAGGAUGGUGACAUUUAAAUUUGACCUUGAUGGAGAUGCUCCAGAGGAGAUUGCCACGUAUAUGGUUGAGAAUGAGUUUAUUCUGUUGCUGGAGCGGGAGAUGUUCAUCGAGCAGCUGAAGGACAUCAUGGAUAAAGCCGAGGACAUUCUGAGCGAGGACGCUGAGGGUGAGAAGGCCAACGUCCAGACCUCACCCCUCCGCCAGACGCCCGUCACCACAGACUCCGGCGCACAGGGGUCAAAACCUGAGCACACGCAGUCUGACCAGCUAGUCUAUAAACAGAACGUGCUUCACACAGGAAAGCGCUGGUUCAUCAUCUGUCCCGUCGCUGAGACGACCGUGCCUGACAGAGAAGAGACGAACGCAGAGAGUUCCUCUACAUCUCAAGCGCAGGACGUCAACAGUGCCAAACCUCUGCAGACACAGCCAUCAAUGCCACAGGCGUCUCUCUCUGACAGCCCUCAGACCGCCUGUCCGCCGGGUGUUUCUAUGGUUUCUGAUAUCCCAUGCUGCUCAAUAGCGCCUCCUGUGUCUCUCGAUGUCAUUGCUCAGAAAGUCGACGAAACCCCUCAGCAGCCCGUGGCUCAUGAAGGCAGCCCGAACGCAGAGCCGUGUGUCAGCCAGACUCCAGCCGUGGUGCUUCAGCAACCCUUUGCCACGCCCACUCCACAAGCUGCUGUCAGCAUCAGCCAAUCACAGCCUCCGAGCAUCAGCCAAUCACAGCCUCCGAGCAUCAGCCAAUCGCAGCCUCCGAGCAUCAGCCAAUCACAGCCUCCGAGCAUCAGCCAAUCGCAACCUCCAAGCAUCAGCCAAUCACAGCCUCCAAGCAACAGCCAAUCACAGCCUCCGAGCAUCAGCCAAUCACAGCCUCCAAGCAACAGCCAAUCACAGCCUCCGAGCAUCAGCCAAUCGCAGCCUCCGGGCAUCAGCCAAUCGCAGCCUCUGAGCAUCAGCCAAUCGCAGCCUCCGGGCAUCAGCCAAUCGCAGCCUCCGGGUAUCAGCCAAUUACAGCCUCCGAGCAUCAGCCAAUCGCUGCCUCCAAGCAUCAGCCAAUCGCAGCCUCCGAGCAUCAGCCAAUCGCAGCCUCCGAGCCCCACCCAUCAGCCCCAACCCGCCACAGCAUCGCAGGCGCAGCCGGCCGAGUCCGACGGCGAAGGGCCGCCCCGACUGGAGUUCACUGACAGAACCAUAAAGACUCUGGAUGAGAAACUCCGAAACCUUUUGUACCAAGAGUACCACCCAUCGCAGACCACAAGCUCCGCCUCCGAGCCGCCGGGGUCCCCGCCGCUGUCGGACAGCCAAGGCAGCGAUGGGGCCGCCAGGAACGCAGAGAAACUGCCUCAGAUUCCAGAGAGGUCUGACAGUCUCGGGACCUUGAGUGACUCCGCUGUUGCCCCGUUCAGAAGAGCCCUGAGCAGAACGGACUCCGGGGCCGAAUCCGGCACGCACGCAUCCAAGAGCCACUUCCAGAUUGUGCCGGCUGAUUCAGACGCGUCUUCUCAUGAUGGUGGAGGAGAUCCUGUGAUGGAUCUGGAGUCUGGAUCUGAGAACAGACACAGAUCCUCAUUACAGUCAGCGAGCAAACGUUACUCGGCACCUGCAGACUUAUAUCAGGACACACUUACUUCCUUUCCAGAGUCCAGACCCACAAUGCCUUGCGCUCGGAGCUGUCAGUCAGCUGAUGGGACGAUGCAGUGCCUGUCCUCUGACUCAGGAGAGGAGGAUCCGAGCGGGGCCCCGCCCAUCAGGCCCUCGGCUCCGGCUCCGGCCCGGUCGGACUUCAUGAAGCGUGCGGUAGCUUUCCUCCGGCGCUCGGGUCACAGUAGCAGCGUGCAGAGCUCUGAUUCGCCCUCGUGUCCUGUGGCGAACGGACACGCCCCUUCGGCCGCAAGCCACGCCCACUCCGCGUACGUCAGCAGCGAUAAUGACUCUGAGUUUGAGGACGCUGACAUGAAACGAGAGCUACAGAAGCUGAGGGAGAAGCACAUGAAGGAGAUCUCUGAGCUCCAGGCCCUUCAGAGAGGAGAGAUCGAGCGGCUGUAUUCUCAGUUAGGUCGGCCUGUUCCCCCCAGCAUGGGCUUCCCGCACGCAGUGCCGCCUACAGGCCGGCGCCGCAGAGCCUCCAAACACAAGCUGAAGGGAAGCCGACUGCUCAAUCCCAUGGUGCAACACCUCCGGAGCAACCGGAGCAACAGCUCAACCGAGACGUGCUCCAGUGCGUCGGGUUCUCCGGUCAAGAGCUCUGUGGGAUCCAGCACUGCCAGUCCUGUGUCAGAACCGCUGGAGCCGGUCCAAACCCAGCAGCCCUGCUCGCUCAAGGGCUCUCUGUCCUCCGACAACAUCUACGGCCCCAACACACCACCCAGACAAGGCUGGACCGUUUACCACCAAACAUCCGAGCGAAUCACCUAUAAAUCUAGUAGCAAACCGCGCACUAGAUUCCUCAGUGGACCCGUGUCUAUGUCCAUCUGGUCCACUCUGAAACGACUAUGUCUAGGGAAAGAGCGCAACAGUAGGUCUCAUAACGCUGGUGCUUCAUCAUCAUCAUCCGCAGCCGUGCCGUCUUCAUCGCCUCGGCCAAUCACGGCGCUCGUCCAGGCUCAAGCCAACAACAGCAACAACAAGACUGGCACAUUCACUGAUGACUUACACAAGCUGGUUGAUGAUUGGGCGAAAGAGACUCUUGCCUCCACCCCUCAGCUCCGCCCCUCUGUGUGUCAGAUCAGACCGCAGAGAUCUCAUCACUCCUUCCAGACCAGCCACAGUGCAAUGGCCAGAGUCCCCAAUCAGGUACUAUAUGAGAUGAGAGGCUCAAUCCCUGCGGCGGCUGUGAAGCUCCAUCUACCCCUGUCCUGCCCGCUGUCAGCAGCUCUGGGUCCCAUCAUGCCUCACGGCAUCACCAGCGGCCCGUCGCCCGUCAUCCAGCGGGGCGGAUACCUGAUGCCCACCGCCCCCUUCGCUGGGAUGAUGCCAGCCCCUGUGUAUCCACACCAGUGGUCCGGUUUGCCCAGUCCAGUGGGAAUGUUUGGAACGGCAGGGAUGGUCCCGUAUCCGACCAUGGCCAGCCCGGCACUGCAGACGUUUCCUCUGGUGGUCAAAAGCCCAGACGCCCCAAUGUGCCCCAGCAAAGCCAGGACUGCAUGAGCGCUUCAAACUCUGUUCUGCGUAAGGGUAAUCAAUGCACACUUGCAGAGGGAUAAUCCCGCAGACUCAAACUGACUGGGAGUUCCUGCAACACGUUUUUAACUCGGCUUCAGGAUCAAACCACAAUCUCUCCUCCAUGUCUGUGUGCUUUAGAUCGCUGUUGGAUGGUAGACGCGUCUGUACAAAGCCUUUGAGCCUGUAAAUAUGAGGUGUGUGUGUGUGUGUGUGGGCAUGAGGAGUGUAUUGAUGUCUCAAUCCAGUCCUGUGGGCGCCGCUUGCACGUUUGUUUGUUUUUAACUUUUAGCUCUUAUGUUUGAAUAUGAAUUGAGGAGUUGUUAGUGUUGAGGGUUUGGCUGAGAUUAGGCCUUCAAUUAUAAUUGAAUUAAAUAAUCAAUAAUCAUUUUGCUGAUUGACUAAAACCUCGGGAUGCAUAAACGGCAUAUUGGGCCUUGAAACACGAGCAGAAUAAAUGUAGUCAUUCUUAUCUAAAUCUUAUGACGAUUUGUGUAAGAAUGGAAAUUCUGCUCAUGUUUUAUGAAAGCAUCCCAGAGCUGAACAUCGAUUAUGGUCAGAAAUAUCAGUCCUGCUUUCCAAUCAUAUGCGUUUCAUUCAUUUACAGCACUUUCAUUGACCGUUUACAGAAAUAUCCAGCAAUUUCAGACCACAGGACAAAAUCCCUACUUUAAGAAACAAUUCAGGAUGAUGUAGUGCCUUGAUCGGUCAUCAGUUUUCCCUCGAAAGAUAUUAAUUGGUUUUAAAGGGCAUUCCUCUUCUGUUCCUAAUGCAAUGGUGUUUUUUUUUUUUUGCAUAAUCUUUUUUCAAUUUACGUCCCCUUUCAGUUGAAGCGAGUUUGCAUUGAACAAACCUAAUCCUUUGAAGUGUAGCUAGUAGCCAGUUUGAUGAACGAAUGCGGUUGAUGUCUGGGUUUCUGAUGGGUUACAAUCAUUCAUAAGCAAUACUGCACUAAGCACAGAGUCACAGACGCAUUUGAGGAACGACUGGUUUACAUUGCGAUGAUCUGAUGAUCGAUGCAUGCCAUCAAAGCGUCGCAGACGCCCAAAUACAGAAUUAAUAAUUACUGUGUAAACGUGCUCUUAUAAGUGCGCCGCCUUCCCUCUUUACAGCGUAACACAGGGACUGAAUGCAGGUUUGACUCUGAAUGUGUGUCAAAAUGACAUUGCAUGUGAUUCAACCUCCCUGUUAUGUGCUGCAUUAUCCCAACCCAUAAUGUGAACAUUGACAAACUACUUUACAUUGGACUAUCUUACCAAAUGUAACAUUUUUAUUUGCUUUGCAUAAUGACUGAGUUUAUUCCUUCUUGCACAGUGUUAAUGAUGUUGAGUUUUAAUUUCUUUUAAGAGGGCAGUGCAAUUGCUAGUCAUGACUAAUAUAUAUUGUUGUUUUUCAUAAAAGCGAUCCAGCAUGAGAAAGUGCAAGCGUUUGAAUACUAGCUCACAGGUGUACAACACGUAUUUGCAUCCAAAAUCCAAAUCCCAACAUAAACUCUGGUUUUAUUUGUAUGUUUGUAUGAUUCAAUCUUUAGUCAGGGUUAUAUUUCUAUUAUAACUGCCAAACUGUGAAUUGUACAGUCCUCUAGUAUUUAUUUCCUCAGUGCUUUGUUUUGCUGCAGCUUCUGUCCUGUAAUGUUUUUUCUUGCAUUUGUAUUGGAUGCUCAUCAAUGAUCUGCAGUUAGAAACGUUUCCGGGAGGUUUCUGAUAUUCUGUUCUUGCUGUUAUUAAUGCUGAUAAUAUAUCUGGCUAUAAUUACUCCACUUUGCCAUGUUUGUGUCUCACUGAUCUGAUGGUUAUGGACUUUUCCCGGUCUUUUCUCUGUGAAUGAUUGCUUCACCCUUCUCCGCAUUACUUUGCUCCGCUCAGAUCCCAAUGCACUCACAACACAGACUGUGUACAAGUUUAAUUAAGAAUAAAUAAAUAUUUUGUGCUUAAUA